AGGAAAAUCAAACGGAACUAAACGAAGCGAUUUUUUUUGGCGAGAGAGCUAAGAUGUGUCUCCGUUACUCCCUUUGCUUGAUCUUAUUCUCUCUCAUUUCACUCCAAGCUUUUGCCAAGAAGACAGGAGAUGUGUCGGAAUUGCAGAUCGGUGUUAAGUUUAAGCCAGCAACGUGUGAAGUGAAGGCUCACAAAGGUGAUAUGAUCAAGGUGCACUACAGGGGGAAACUUACUGAUGGAACUGUAUUCGAUUCGAGCUUUGAAAGGGAUGAACCGUUCGAGUUUGAGUUAGGAAGUGGUCAGGUUAUCAAAGGCUGGGAUCAAGGAUUGCUAGGUGCGUGUGUAGGAGAGAAGAGGAAGUUAAAGAUACCUGCGAAACUUGGAUAUGGUGAACAAGGCUCUCCUCCAACCAUCCCCGGUGGGGCAACACUGAUAUUUGACACAGAGCUUAUCGCGGUAAAUGAAAAACCAGCUGGUGGAGAACAAGAACAAGAAGAAGAAGAUGUAGACGACACAUAUGGAGCUGACGAGCUGUGAUUGAUUCUCUAUUCUCCAACCGUUUAGCUUCAGAGUUCCUCUACGAAUAAAAUGUCUAUGUGCGUUUGCUUUUUAAUCAUUGGAUGCUUUUAGUUUUGCUUCUUUCUAAGUUAUCAACAAUUACUUCGUUUUGGUUUUGUCUUUUGGAGUAGUAAAGAAAGACUAAAGAUAAAUAAACAGUGAAACUGGGUGAAACGCUUCAAAUAAAAAGAAAAUUUGUCCC